AUGGCGACCUCUCCUCGGGGGACCUGCGGGCGAGCUGUGGUAGCGCCGCGCUGGUCCUGCCGCCCUGGGCCUGGCGGAGACGCCACAAACCCGAGGGGUCUGCCUUACGAGGCGGCUGAAGCUCCCGUGUGCGCGUCAGCCCUCCCCGCUGACAGUGCCCGCUGCGGCCCCAACCGCGGGCCCCGAGUGUCGGGACCCAGCCAGUCCGCGCGACGAGGGGCUGCGGGGAGGCCCGGGAUAUCACCCCCUGGACAGAGUCCCCGGGGCUUUGUCCGCCUCUUUCCUAAGCUUUCACCGGGACUGCCCUGGUGGCGCACACCUUUAAUCCCUGCACGCGGCAGGGAGAAGCAGGAGGCUGUCUGUGGGCUCACGGCCAGCUGGCCUACAAAGGGAGUCCAGGACAGCCAGGGCUACACAGAGAAACCCGGCAUCAAAAAGAGAAAAAAUCCUCCGUGCCCAGUCUGCCCCGGAGGGAGGGCGGGCCGCGCGGCGAUGAAGCCGAGGUCGCAGCAGCUGCGGCCACUCACGUUUUCCGGGCACGCCGUGGCUCGGGCAAUAUUCAUUCUUGUCUGUCUCCAGCUUUGCCUCCGCGGAUGUUCUCCGAAGUUGUGUCUGUUCCCCAGGGGCCUAGCAAUGCCAGCGCCCACGUGUCAGGGCUGCCCGGCAUCCAGCGUUACAACGGUGGCGGCCCGGACCCGGUGUUUCGGUGCUGAAACUUCGUCUAGGAAACACUGCCCCACGUGCCGUGACCACCGGCACUGUCAGACAGGCAGCCUUUGGGGUCCAACACUGGCCGCGCUCUUCAGUCUGCUCCCACAGCAGGCCCACACAGGCAGCAACUGGCCAUCACGGAGAGUCCCCCUGGCCUGUCCCCCACAUCCCUCAGCUACCUGGAGGCUCACUCUGCGGCCUCCUUCUGUCCCCCACCACCCAGGCCCUUUCUCCAAGGCAGCAACACGUGCGUGAGAGCCCACCUCGGGCCCUUUGCCUGCUGAGUGUUCAAGCAAGGCUCCCUGGGCACAGCUGGGGGACCCACCCAGUGCUCGGGGACCCCGGAGGGACUUCACUACCCUGCCGGCAAGGCAAAAGGCGGAUCACACCUGCAGUUUCUGGACAACAUUGGCCUUUUCAGAAGCAGGGACGCCGGAUAAACAGAUGCGUUGAGAAAGCAAGAAGGAGAAAUUACUCCUGUCUCCCUCAUUCUCUGUUAAAUAGCUUCGGAUUCUGUAAUCACCUUUCAUUUUUCCCAGAUGGAUGCCAGGGCCUGCAGGAGGAAAUUGCCCUGGCUCUGUGCCUGAGUGGGGCAGGGAGGCGCUGCCGGGUUCCAGACCUGAUUUGGGCCUCUGGGGAGUGAGACGCGGCACAGAGCUGGGCUCCGAGGCACCGGGAGUGGGGGUAAAGUUCUGGAACCCACCUGGAUGCCGCCAUCUUUACUGUGUGGCCGCCUUCAUGGCAACAAAACCGAGAAGCCGCCUCGGAGACCUUGGGACCUCCAUCACUCGACCUUUUACAGUCAGGAGCUGGCCAGGCCCGUGUCCAACCGCUGGUUUCUUCUCAGACCUACUUGAGUAGGGACAGCCGAGUGCCACCUCGGGCUGGCAUGCACAGUGUGCCAGGUUAAGCUGGUCUGCUGCCCGGGGGAUGACGAAUGGGGAGACGGGUGUGCGCUCUCCUCAGCCAUCACUUUACAGAAGUGAGAGCUUCCCUUUGGCACCUGGUGAAGCCCCACCUCUGCCUCUGGUGUUUGUUGGAGAAUGUUUUGUGCAGAGUGCUCAGAGGCUGAUUUCUGUGCCUGGAAAUCAGGCUGCAGACCAGCCGUGGGCACUGAUCCUAUGUAUAACGAAGCCGGAUGGCCAAUGACUGGGCAGAGGAAAUAGGAAGGCUGGACUUCCAAUCCUAGGAGGGCCAGGAGGAGAGAGGAUCGAGAAAAGAGGCCAUGAGGAGGAUGAGCAGGAGGACAGAGCUACAGAAGGCCAAGGUAAGACAGACAGCACGUGAAGGGGCCCGUGGCUGGGAGGCAGCCAGACCAGAAAAACC